AUGGAUCGCGCCGGCGCCGAGUCUUUGUCUUCGCACACGUUGCCUGUGCCUCCCGAGCAGACGUUCAGCAUGAGCGAUCAUGCCGCUACGCAGCACUACCAUGCUGUAGAAGCCCUUUCGUCGAAUGUACUCCCUAGUGCAACGCGUGAUCGCAUCGCGCCUCCUGAGCCCCAAGCCAAACCACCUUCUACUAAACGCCGCAAGAUCAACACGUGCUUUCCUUGCAAGCAACGCAAGGUAAAGUGCGAUCGCCAACACCCGUACUGUGGUCAGUGCCAAAAGCACCGCAUCCCUGCUGAGCGCUGCGUCUGGUCGUCGGACAUGGCCCUCGCGCCCGACGUGCACAGCGCCGCUACAUCGGCCCUGUCGUCGUAUUCCAAGCCCGAUGCAUCGCAUGCCCCUAUCAGCCUCGGCACUGGCGAUUGGGGCAGCUCCCAAGGCACAGAGCUGGCCCUCGAUAGCGACACCCGCGCUGUCAUCGAGCGAAUCAGCCACCUAGAGCAACGUCUUGCCACCAACACCGCAACGCAACCCACAUCGCACGACCUGCCGACGACCUCGGCAGGCCAAACGCAAAUUGACCCUAUCCUGCUUGCUGGCACUGGCCUCUCUCUGGGAGAUGUAAACGCCGACCGAUCAGCUGCCACAAGCCUGUCACAAGAUGCCGCUGUCGCUGCUGAACUUGCCUUCUGGCGCUCCAAGAUGGAGCAGCACCAUCGCCCAGCGCCCUCGAGCGAUACGGCGCAAAUGACUCAAAUGCAGGCGGAGCAAAACAUCGCGGCAGAUGCGCUGGCGAUGUUUGCUCGUCAUAGCCAACAGAGCUCGCUGGCGGGGGGUGACCAGACUAUGGGCCGCCCAUCAACGGUUGCGUCAACGGGCUCCGCGGAUGCCAUGCCGCGUCAAUCAAUCGUGAAUGCGCUGUUCGACAAUGCCACUUUUGCAAUGAACAACUCUACCGUGCGUAUUCGCGCUGCUCUCGAAUUGCUGCCCGAUACCCAGCAAAUCGACUACCUGAUCAAGAUCCUUCAAACGGUCGAUUUACACAUAUCCUACGGCCUCAGCUGGCGCUUAAUCAAGACGCAGCUAACGGCUCUACGCACGCAGCUGGCCGGCUGGAACCGCAUGCACACGUCCAUUCCUGAACAGCUCGACCUCUCUUUCGUGGCACUGCUUCUCGUCCUUUUGGGUGUCGCGGCACAAUUCACCGAGCCACGCUUCUUUAUCGAGCAGGGCCUCUGCACAUCACUAGACCAAAUUGAAACCUACGUGGACUCUUGGGUCGAUGCUGCUCAAUCUGUGCUGGCCAUUGACGACUUUGUCACCCGGACCAAUUGGAACCACCUAGCUGCCCUGCUUCUCUACGUUGAUCACCACGCUAUCCGUGGACGCUUGCCUACCGCUCUUGUUGCUAUGGCCACAUUACUUCGACUUGCCGAGCAACAGGGCUACCAUACGCUCGGCUGUGCAACUGAUGACGAGCAGGCAUGGCGUGACUCGCCGUCUUCCAAAUUGGUGCGUGUUUCGCCCGUAUGCUCUACUGUCCGUCCAGGUACCUGGGUCAGGCCGUCGGGUACGUCAACCAGUCUGCCGGACCGCUCCCAUCUCGUACGUGAAGCAGCGCGUCGGCUGUGGUUUAAGAUCAUGUGCAAGGACAUGGCGCUCGGCACUGUCGUGCACCGCGCCAUUCAAAUGGAUCCCCGCUUCGUCACAACGAAGGCACCGCUAAACGUGGACGAGGACGAUUUGCCCGAUGGCGAAACGCACGUGCUGUCUUCUAUCAAGGACAGCGGCCGCCCCACGAUCAACAGUCUGAUGCCUUUCGCGUACCAAAUCGCUGACCUGGGUCGCCAAUGGAGUGUUCUGGUCCACAGCCGCAUGCUCACUUACGCGCAUAUCCUCGACCUUGAUACCAAAUUCCGCGCUUUACUGUCGUCGCUCCCGAUAUUCCUUCGUCCAGAUCCCACGCUCGAGCAGCUGCCCGAGGUGCGACAGGAACAGGCACAGCGUCCAUACUUGGCCAUGCACCGCCUAAUUGUGUUUGAGGCCGUGAACCAGCGUCUUCUUGUUCUGCAUCGUGACGAUAUGUGCCGCGGCCAUCAUGACGAAAAGUUCGCAUAUUCAACCCGCGUGGCUGUAGACGCAGCACGUACUAUUCUAUCAUGUCGCCAGCAAAUUGAUAAUGUCCAUCCGGCCGUCCAGAAACACGCUGCGUUCCGCCACCACCUGUUCCAGGCUGCCAUCGUACUCUCUAUUCACCUUCUUGAGCUGAGCCACAAAGCUCAGGGCGAAUCACAAGUCGCUCAUCAACUUCGUGACGAUAUUGCUCUGAUCAUGAACUAUUUGUAUGGCUCUAACAACUUGCGCACGUCCCUGCCUGUUCCCCAAAAAAUUGCUCUCAAGCUCAUCGAAAUGCUUUUGGCUGAAGCUCAUGAACGCCAGAACCGUGAUGCAGACAAGAGUAUGUCUGGUAAUACAGCCACAGCCGGAGCAGCUACGGCACCCUCCGCUGCGUUGUCAACUAUUGGCAUGGACGCUGAUAGCUCUAACCAUUUAUUCCAACUUGCUCCGGCCCCAGCAUCAACACCCGAUCCAGUAACAGAGGCUGCUACCGCUUUCUCUAUUCAAAUGCUUCAUCCAGACUUUGCGAACAAAAAUGGCAUUUCGGAAUUCUUCGCGUCGUUGGACGAACUCAUGGUGCCUAUUUACUGA